CUAACAUUUGUGUUCUGAAGAUAGUGAGCUCGUAUGUGAGUUACCGGCUUUGUGUGACACAGGAGGCAGCGUGACAGCUAACGGUGGCCGCCUGUUGUCUGAGGGUGUCACAUUUAUAUCAUCUGAAUUUGUCACUGACAAUGAACAAGAUGAACAAAUACAGGAAGCAGAUGGCGGAGCAGUUUCUGAGUCAGGCCCUGGACAUAAUCUGUUUGUUGACUGGAGAGGAAUACACCAUAGUGAAGAAGACACCCUCCGAGAGCAGCAUUCGUCGGCUGUCCAGAGAGGUGCCUAUAAAGUAUGAUGAUGUUGCUGUGUAUUUCUCUAUGGAGGAGUGGGAUUAUAUAGAGGGACAUAAGGAGCAUUACAAGGACGUCAUAAUGGAGACUAACCAAGCACUAAGGACUAUGGAGAUCCCAGGAAAUGAGAGCCCAGAAUUCGCAGGUCACAGUGAUGACAAUCUAGACGCGGCAGAACUGGUACAGAAUAUUCAGCCAGUGGAGACUCCAUCAGACGUCUCCGCAGGUAAUAUUAAUGAUGAUCAGACAGAAGAUGCGAGUGUGACAUGUCAGAUGGAAGCUAUAGAGCAGGAAUUGUGUGACAUCGGCAGUGCAGAUUGCUGUGAUGAUAAUCUAAAUACGGAGUUCAUUAGCGAGGAAAGAGAGGAUGAGAGACUUGGGAAGAGGAUAACGCAAGCUGAGACAGAUUCAGGUCUGUGUGCAGAUGAAAACAAUGCUAAGAUUUCAUGUAAUGAAGAACAAACAGAAUAUCACUGGAUAAGACAUAUCACAGAAGCUGCAGAGCAGGAAACCUAUGACACUAUUAUUACAGGUGAUGUUAAGACUGAAGUCGUACUUAACGCUGAACAAACCAAUGAUCUGUAUUUAAAUAGCCAACUGGAAUCUGUGAAACAGAAAAACAGCGAUGAUAUUGGUACAGAUAGUUUUCCAUCGUGCUGUGCAGCAACAGAUAUAGCCCUGAGUUCUGCUAUUCCUAGUCAAGUCCGAAGUGCAGGUACUUCAUACAGUCUCAUUGAAGAUCAGCAAAGCUACGUGGGAAAUAAAUUAUUUCCAUGUUCUGUAUGUGGGAAAUGUUUUACCCAGAAAUCACAUCUUGUUACUCAUCAGAAAAUUCACGCUGGACAGAAAGUAUUUCCAUGUUCUAUAUGUGGGAAAUGUUUUACGCAGAAGCAAAAUCUCAUUACUCAUAAAAAAAUACAUACAGAUGAGAAAGCAUUUUCAUGCUCUGAAUGUGGUAAAUAUUUUGCCUGGAAGUCCAGUCUUACGUAUCAUAAAAAAAUUCAUACAGGAGAGAAGCCAUUUUGCUGCUCUAUAUGUGGGAAAUGUUUUUACUGGCAAUCACAUCUUAUUACCCAUCAGAAAAUACAUAUAAGUGAGAAAGAAUUUUCGUGUUCGAAAUGUGGAAGAUGUUUUAACCAGAAAUCAAGUCUUAGUUCUCAUAUGAAAAUUCAUACAGGAGAAAAAACAUUUUCAUGUUUGGAAUGUGGGAAAUGUUUUUAUCGUAAGUCAAGUCUUAUUUCUCACCAUAAAAUUCACACAGUAGAGAAAGCAUUCCCCGCUGGUGUUCAAAACUAUGUGCAUAUCACAGGACACACAGAAAAUGAUAGGAGCAGCCACUCUAAUAUUUAAGUCCAGUGAGUUUCCUCCGUCUUAGGGGAAUACAAGCACGAUUUUUACGUGCCCUACAGCCCACAAAUAAGUUAUAUUUAUUGAUUGUGGUAGAUAAGUUAUACCACACCUCAAAAUUUCAAGCCCUAAGCUACUAGCCAGCCCAAAAUGUUACUCGUCAUUUUUUAUCCAUCCACUAUCCCCCCUACACCACACCCAAUAACCCUCCUUUGCAUAUGUUUAGCCAAUGUGAAACACCUAAUUGUGCAGCCAUUUUUUUUAAUUACCCUCCUCUCUUCAAUGUCUUUUUACCCCCUCCCUUCUUUCUCAGGCCAUAUCUUCUCUUUACACACUUUCUCUUCUCACAUCUCUUCACUCUUUUUUUUUUUUAUUAAAACUUUCUUUUUCUCCACUUUAACUUCCCCCCCCCCCCAAUCUCUCUCUGACCCUGUUUAUCCUCUCAGAAGUAACAGUCUAAGCACAAAUAUGGGGUCCCUAUAGCCUUAGAGAAAUGACAUAUUAUUCUUGCCCUUUUGUGAAUAUAUAAUAUCCCUUUAGAUAAUUUUUGCCAAUGGCUAGUGGGCUAGUAGAAAUUUUGAGUUAUACUAUAUAUACCCCUUUUUCAUGAAAGUUAAUCUCAGAGAUAGAUCAAAAAAUAAAUCACUAUUAGUAUGGAUUGGGGCUUGGCUGACAUUUAAGUUGUAUAGGAGCUGUAUAUUCUAUACAACGCAUGUUCAGUUAACUGAUUUUAGUUUAUCCAAUUUGUGGAAUUAUUAUGUUAUAUUGCUGCACUGUUGUGUGUGUG